AGGCCGCUGCGAGUGAUGGACGGGCUCGGACACGACCGGACAGACAGACCCCCCCAGUGCGGGGCUGACUACGGCUUCCUCGUGAGCCAGAACACGAAGCUCCUGAGCGCGCUGGAGGACCUGCGGCACCGCUGCUCCAGCCUGGCCGAGGAGAACAGCUUGCUGCGCAGGAGCUGCUUCCCCCAAACGGAGGAGAAGGUGAAGCACCUGAAGAGGAAGAAUGCGGAGCUGGCGGUGAUCGCCAAGCGCCUGGAGGAGAGAGCCCGGAAACUCCAGGAGGCAAACCUCAAAGUCGUAACUGCUCCGGUGCCUCUGAAGGGCUCCAGCCUGGAGCUGUGUAAAAAAGCAUUUGCCCGCCAGCGUGCCAAGGACCUGUCGGAGCAAGCCAGUGCUCUCCUGGCGAAAGACAAGCAGAUCGAAGCUCUGCAGCAGGAGUGCCGGGAGCUGCAGGCUAAACUCAUUGCAGGGAAGGAUGACCCUCGCUGCUUGAACGUCAUUGAGUUUGAUCGCCUGUUGCGGGAAUCCCAGAGAGAGGUGUUACGGCUGCAGCGACAGAUCGCGCUGAAGAAUUUCAAGGAGUGUCUACGUUCCUCUAAAAUCAGUUCAGGCGGCGCUUUGCCAAGUGCUGCCGCACGCUUGGGACCACCCGUACCAACGCUAAAUACCUGCAUCAAAGGUUCACCUCUACCAAAGGAGGCCUGCUUGGGAGACCCGGCGCUUGGAGGGGAAGCACACAGGGAGGUGGAACCAGGUGUGCAGCCGCUGGGACCUGCUUCUGAAGGACAUGAAAAUUUCCCUCCCAAAAAUGCAAUAACAGACCAAGAGAGCAGCCAACAGAUACAGCAGCUGGAAUUUGAACUCAAGAAAAAGCGCAAAAAAUGUGAAAACCUUGAGCAUGAAGUGAGGAAAAAGCAUAAAAGAUGCAAAGAACUGGAGAUCCAGCUGCAGGAGGUACAAAGUGAAAAUGCACGACUGGCCGAAGAGAACUUGCAGCUGAACGAGAAGGCUGGAUGGGCAGGACAGGUUGAAUCUGAGAAUGCUGACCUGAAAUUGCAGGUUGUUUUGGUUACUAAGGAACGGGAUUCAGUAAUUCAAACGAAUCAAGGACUCCAAACCAAGCUGGAGAAUCUAGAGCAGGUGCUGAAGCACAUGAGAAAUGUGGCUGAGCGAAGGCAGCAGCUGGAAGUUGAGCACAAGGAAGCGCUGCUAGUCCUGCAGGAGAAGCAAGAGGAAGUCAGACGGUUGCAGCAGGCACAGGCAGAGGCAAAAAGAGAACAUGAAGGAGCAGUACAGCUUCUAGAGAGUACUCUGGAUUGCAUGCAGGCCCGGGUGAAGGACCUAGAAGACCAGUGUCGCAGUCAAACAGAGCAGUUCAGCCUCCUGUCUCAGGAACUCAAACAAUUCCGGCUUCAAACAGGAAAAAUCGACCUUCUCACCUCCACGCUGGUGACUUCUGAGCUUCCUCUUGCUCUGUGCAGCUCUACCCCACAGCCCCACUGGGAGAAGGAAUCGACUGUUCCUGGAUUGCUCACUCACCAGAGCGCAAAGAAGGUUCACAAUGAAGAGGCAGAUGAGUUGGAGUCAUCACAGCGGGCGCCUGAUGCCACUGUUGGCUCCCCAGUUGCUGCUACCAGUUCUCAGAAACAACCCAAGAAAGUGGAAUCUCAGUCAAACUCUUCAAAAUCAGAAUCCAUGCAGAACAGUCCAAAAUCCUGCCCAACUCCAGAGGUGGACACUGCAAGUGAAAUGGAAGAACUGGAUGUUGACAGCAUCUCUCUAAUGCCAGACCCAGGCAGCCAAGGCCCUGCAAAGCUCCAGGUGUUCUUAGCUCGAUACAGCUACAAUCCUUUUGAUGGACCUAAUGAAAAUCCAGAGGCAGAGCUUCCGCUUACUGCUGGAGAAUAUAUUUACAUCUAUGGAGACAUGGAUGAAGAUGGCUUCUUUGAAGGGGAGCUGAUGGAUGGCCGGCGAGGGCUGGUCCCCUCCAAUUUUGUUGAGCGAGUUUCAGAUGAUGACCUCAUGACGUUUCUGCCUUCGGAGCUGAACGAUCUCACCCAUAGUUCAUACCAGGAGAAAAGUUUUGUCAGUGCAAGCACCAGCAGUGGAGAUAAGAGUGAUUUCUCCAUUGAAGAGAGUAGCAUCAGUCCCUUGGCCAGUAGAGCAGAAGGAGACCAGGAGGAACCUGUUAGUCAUACAGCAGUGCCUUACCCAAGAAAAUUGACUUUGAUCAAGCAGCUUGCCAGAAGCAUAGUUGUAGGCUGGGAACCACCACUUUUGCCAGCUGGCUGCCCAGACAUACAAAGCUACAACAUCUAUGUGGAUGAAGAGCUACGUCAAAAUGUGAAGAGUGGCUUUCAGACCAAAGCAGUGAUUGAAAAGCUGGAUUUAAAGACAAAGGCUUACCGAGUAUCUGUGCAGACUGUGACAGAGCAAGGCAGUUCUGAUAAACUGCGAUGCACUUUCUUUGUGGGGCAAGAUUUUUGUGUGGCACCAACUAUGCUGAAAGUCAGAAGCGUCACUGCCACAUCAGCAGAGGUCAUGUGGCUUCCCUGCAACAGCAAUUACAGUCACACGGUGUAUCUCAAUGGGGAGGAACGUGACAUAACAAAACCUGGGGUCUACUGGUACACCUUCCGCAACCUGCAGCCAAGCACUCAGUAUGUUGCCAAGCUGGAGGCCCAGCCCUUGAAAACACCUUGGGAAGAAGUCCCAGAGGGGCAGGAGCAGAACUCAGCUGUGAUACACUUCACUACCCCACUAGCAGGCACACCUGACGCUCCUUUGGAUGUCCAGGUAGAAGCUGGUCCCUCGCCAGGUAUCCUCGUUAUCAGCUGGUUACCUGUCACCAUUGAUGCUGAAGGAUCUUCCAAUGGAGUUCGAGUCACUGGUUACGCUGUGUAUGCAGAUGGACAGAAGGCGAUAGAAGUUACUUCUCCAACAGCUGGGAGUGUCCUGGUAGACUUGUCCCAGCUUCAGAUGUUCCAGGUGUGCCGGGAGGUUUCUGUGAGAACGAUGUCUCUGUAUGGGGAGUCGGUGGAUUCAGUUCCAGCCCAGAUUUCCUCAGUGUUGCUGCGAGCCUCUCACUGCUCAUCACCUUCAGAUUCUGCUGUUUCUACCACUUUUACCUCUAGACUGCCCCGUGGAGAACCCAGGGGGUCUCUGCCUGCACGCAGCCCACCCACGCACCAGACGGCUGCACGCCUACUUCGACAAAAUGUUCCCACUGAUAGCUCAGAUGCCAAAUUGACUGAUCUCUCCUCCAGCCACGACGGCUCGGCGCGAUCUCUGCCAGAGAAAGCCUCUUCACCGCUGCACCUCUCCUCUCCCAGUGCUUCCUUGGUGCAGGUUUUAGGCACAUCCCCACAGGGAUCGGACACUGCACAAGACAAGAAAUGCCUGACUGUGCCUCCUCAGCAAGCUGGCAGCACAGUGCUCCCCGGUGAGGGCACGGAGCCUUUCCCUUCAAGGGAAGAAGAAUUGCAAGGCCUGGGUGAAGGGACGGAGGUGCAGAUGGAGCAAUCUGUAACCGAAGCGCCAGAGCUGGAAAGCCCGUCUAACGGUAGUCUGAAGAUACGUAUGGAGACCUGCCAUGCGUGCUCUGUGGAAGAGUCACCAAAAGGUCCCAAUGCUGAAAGAGAGAAAGAGGCAAAGGAGAAGCACUUGAGCCCAGAGCCUCUGCCCUCCCCCAGCCAGGCUGAGGGAGCAGAGGGCACCUUCCGAGAUGCAAGUGCGGGUGGGAGCAGCUGCCAGGAGUUCCUGAGGUUGUCCCCUGGCAAGGAGGUGAUGAAAGAAAUAUCCAGAGUGAAAAGAGAGCAAGAAGAAAAAAUGUCUGAAAUGGGAAGACGACAGCUGACCCUUUUUGCUGAGCACAACCGUAGCUCUGACCUUUCAGAUAUUUUGGAAGAGGAGGAAGAAGAUGAACUGUCUUCAGAAGCUCUGGAAGAGAAGAAGUGGGAACAGAAAGAGCCAUGUUACCGGGAGAAUGGGGAAAAGAUGGAUCUUUGUGAUACUGACAGCGAUGAGGAGAUUCUGGAGAGGAUACUAGAGCUCCCGCUUCAGAAGAACCACAGCAAGAAAUUGUUUAGCAUCCCUGAAGUGACUGAGGAUGAGGAUGAAGAUGAAGAUGAGAAGUGUGUUAUGGAGGAAAAGGCAGACCCUCAAGACUCCUUGGAAACACUUACCUACCAUCCAGGAAGGACAGAGGAGCCGCUCAACAUCAAGGAGCCAUUUCUAAAGGCAGAUGGUAGUAAUACCUCCACAGAUCUGUCUGCUCAGACUCCGCGGGAGGAGCAUGGUAUUAAGGGGAGUAGAGGGGAUGCUGACCAUGCAAAUCCUGCCUUUGUCCAGCUGGCCUGGAGUCAUAAGAAGGCAAACUGGAACUGGGGCUACCGGGAGAACGAUCCCAAGUCUGGGACUGGGGCAAGUCCCACUUGGAGCAAGAAGAAGGGAAAUAAUUAUCGAGAGAAGAUGCGGAGUCGGCCUGAGAUGAGUAGGAAGAGACAGAAUGAUUUAACAGAGCACUGCAGUCGUCUGCUGGGCAACUGCAGCCAGAUGGGAGGCGGGUUAUACAGAGCUCCUAGCCUCAGGGAAGAGCUGAACAUUGUCAGCAGUGCUGGUGGUAAGGAAGGGUUUGAUAUCUACAGUCGUGCCAGACAAGGCACCUUACAAAAAAACCACAUGAAAGCAGUGGUUUCAGGAUUUGCAGAACCUGCUGUGAUGGCAACACGCUGCUCCAGCCCCAGGAGCCUGGAAAUAGACAUCGAAUAUGACUCCGAAGAUGAUCAGGAUUCGACCUGUGCAUCACCCCCUGAGAGCAGGCUGUGGCCAGAAAGGUCCCAGAGCUGUCAGGGGGACUGGAGUGAUUGCUCCAGUCAAUCUGAGCUUGCCCACGCGGAUGGCAGAAGGGACCUGACCAGACUGGAGAUGAUGGAAGAGCAGAGUAUGGAGUGGGCUGGGUCUCCGAGCCGGCGCCUGCAAUUCUUCUGCCGGGAGAAGGAAGCACUGAGAUGUGAGAGCAGUUCUGAGGAGCAGGGCUGGGAGCUGGACUGUAAGUCACCUGGCUGGAGAAGGAGGCUCGAACAUCCUUCGAAGGGGAUACGUAGCACCUCCUUGCACAAAAGGGCGUCUGGAAAUAAAGAUCCUAGGGGCCAGGAGCUGCCUGGCACAGCCGCCUGGCAGGCUCCCAGCAGAAGAGCGAACAAGAGCGUGAGAAGAAGCCAAGUGCAGAAACCUUUGCUCUCUAGUCCAGGUCCUCCAAGGAGCACCGCUUCAGAAACCUCUGUUAAAGAUGAUGGCAUUAGAAUAUUUGUGGCUCUCUUCGACUAUGAUCCCGUUUCUAUGUCUCCUAACCCUGAUGCAGCAGAAGAGGAGCUCCCAUUUAAGGAGGGACAGAUCCUGAAAGUAUGUGGAGACAAGGAUGCUGAUGGCUUUUACAGGGGUGAAUGUGCAGGAAGGGAGGGGUACAUUCCCUGCAACAUGGUAUCAGAAGUCCAGGUGGAGAAUAAUGAAAUCAAGAAGCAGCUCCUAAAGCAAGGGUUCCUGCCUGCUGACACACCAAUGGAGAGCAUAGGAAAUGGCACAUUUUCUCCACCUCCACGCCGCCAAACCGUCCCUCCUCCAAAACCCAGACGCUCCAAGAAAGGGCUGGAUAAACAGGAGAAGUACAAGUCUCAUCCAGGACAGAAGCAUAAAGACUUUGAAGCUGAACUGCUGACUCCUCAAAGUAUGGUGGCUGUCUUUGACUAUAACCCUAAGGAGAGCUCUCCAAAUGCAGAUGUAGAGGCUGAACUGACUUUCAGUGCUGGGGACAUUAUCACUGUGUUUGGGUCCAUGGAUGAUGAUGGAUUCUAUUAUGGAGAGCUGAACCAGCAGAGAGGGCUUGUCCCGUCUAACUUCUUGGAAGCUGUAACUUCAGAUGGAGGCACAGUCGAGGAACUUCAUUCAAAAGAUAAAGAAGCUUUUCCGCUGAGUGCUGAGAGCCAGUUAAAUCCAGAUGGGUCUGUUGAUCAGAGCGACUCCUCACCAACUCCUCCUCUACCACCUUCCUGCCUUGUCAUGGGCGAGCAGUGUCCAGAGCAGGCAUCGCUGGCCGUUCUCAAAUGCCGUGAUGUACCUGGUCAGAGUAAAAAGAAGAGAGGCUUCUUCUUCAAAGGAAAAAAGCUCUUCAAAAAACUUGGGUCCAGUAAGAAAAAUUAACAAGGGAUUUAUUGUUCUGUAAAGACUGCGUGUGUAGUCCACACAGGGACUGAAAAUUCAGGAGAAGCCCUCUGCAAUAAGCUGAUUAGAGUAUUUUCAUAGGGGAAAAAGUGUAUGUUGAAUAGAGAAAACUCUUCAGUGGGUCUGUGAGCUGUGGUCUCUGCUGAGAGCCCAGCCGUGGGUGCCCACCCAGCGUGGGCAGCGGCUCUGAACACUGUCAUGGCACUGGGGUGUGUGAGGCCUCAGCUCUAGGAUACAGCUACCUCCACAGUAGUGUGUCCUGCUCCAUGCAGCCCUCAAUGCACCAGUUCCCUGUAAAUAUUUUAAUUUUAAAAUUAUAUUCUGGCUGUAAGUUAGCUAAAUGGCUUUUCCCAGCAAAGCCCCAGCCCCUUAGGAAGAGAUCCCUUGUACUACACACCCUGGUAUUUCUCUGGUCCAAAGGAGGUUGUGUCAACUCCUUCACUUCCUGCAAAGAACAUUUGCACUUUUCUGUUCCCAUGAAUCCCCUUCGCUGUCUCUGGGCUGACGAGUGAGUUAUUUGUACUGUAAACCUGUAAAUAUGCAGCUGUGCCUAGGAGCAUCCCACACUGCCUCAGUCAUGUUUCGGCACGAGGAUUCCCAUGGAGGAAGGAGCGAUACCCUCAAGGGGGUCGAUACUUCUGCCUAUAGGGGUGGGCUGCUGUAAGCUGCUCUUGGCUGGUUCACCUUGACCACACACUGGCUGGGGACUCCGCCUUAUUUAUUUAUUUAUCUAGCUAUUUAUUUAUUUAUUUUCCGUCUGCCUCUUCCGCAGUUUUAUUUGGCUGUUUCAGUGGGCUGCUCCUGACUUGGAGCAUUUGGAGAGCAGAGCUGGGGAUGGAGAGUUUGCAGCUAUUUUCAUAUGAGAUGAUGUGUUCCUUCAGUUAAGACACAUCCCUUUCUAAGCCACGGAGAGUUUUGUACUACAUGGUUUCUAUCCUUUUCAGUGUCUCUUUCUUUGCAUGUUUCAGUGGGUACUUGUUUUGAGAAGGACAGUUAUGCGAGGUAUGUGAAUGAUGCCAGCACAGUGUCCAUGAGUGUUGGUGAUAACGGUAUGUUUUUAUUUAAUAUCAAAUUUUAUUAUAAU